AUGGCGGACAAGAGGAGGCUAUUAGGGCCCAAGCCCAGCAAGAAGGGGCUGUUAGGGCUGGGGCCACGGGAACCCUUGCCCCUGGGCAUGAAUUGUAAGCCUUGGUACAAGGACAGGGACAAGUUGCCUUCCAACUGUUUCGCAAAGAACAAGAACAGACUUCUGAAGUGCUCCACCUCCCUGGACAACCGGAGGUGGAUAUUUGUGAAAGAAGGGCUGGACGACUUCAGAACGGGCUGCCCAUCUUGUGAAAAUAUGAUCACUCGUGGCCGUAGGGAGAGCUUUUCCCCCAUAAUUGUUCAUAGAGUUCCCAGACCUCCCCCGAGAAGGAGUCAAAAUAAGCUGCCCAAGGGAGCAGACCUGUGUUCCAAGCUCCCACCAGCCCAGCAAGCAUAGAAGGCGUUCGUAGAGAGCAUUGAAGCCAGUCUGACCAAGCACCCCAUGGCUCGCUAUCUGAAUCUAGAGGAAGGUCUACCUGCAGACCUCUUAUUGAAAGUGCUACAAGUGCUUGAUCCUGACAGGAAGCUGGAGGACACAUGGGCAUAUUGUCAGGGCACCAGGGAAAGAAAGAAGUUUCCCACAAAUCUUUAUAAACCAGAGUAUCCUUUGGAAACAAAGUACAGCAAACAGCUAGAUGAAAUAAAGGAGAGAAAAUUCUCCCUACAGAAAGAUAGCUGGGAGAGGAAACUCCAAAAAUGACAGAAUCCUUAUAAACCCAAAUGGGUGAAGAUAAAGUAUGGUACCUGGAGUCCAAGUCCUGGGAAAAAACUAAUAAAUGAUGAACCUUUGAUUAACACCAAAGUCUUACUUGAAGAGGAAUAA